UUUUCUCCUGCCGGCGUUCUCUAACCACUCUGGAAUUGAUUCAAUCAAUCUAGACCUCGCAGGGCAAUCUAUCGACAGCGCCAAUUGACACCGGCUGCCUAGUUGGGCAGCUUAGCCACUGAUCAGUAAUGAAAGGGAGAAAAGGGGGGAGACGAUUGAUUUGGCCCCGUCAUUGGCUGAGGUGCACUACUCGUCACACGCGAUACCUCAGCCAGCCCUCGGACAUGAUAUCCUUUGCCGGAGUUGGAUCGGCGUACGACGUAUUAAGGUGGUAUCGUGCCUCCUCCACUUUCGAUACGGCUUCCUGAUCUGCUCGUUGACUCUGCUGUUUUUUUUUUCUUGUACUGCAAGCAAUGAAUCACAUCGGUAUCUGGGGGCCCGACAAAGUCCCCGCAACGCGUUUUCUGCUGUAACCCUCGGUUCGGGCUGGCACAAGUUUUUUCCUGAUUGUUCCUGACAAGCCCACUUGCUUGAUCUUGGCUGCUUUGUUGCAAUAUUUACUUUUACAGUCCUUUGCCGGUCUGUCCACCUGCUCGCCCGCUUUUUCUACCUCUACCCAGCUCGCCGGGUAGCCACACACUUGUUAUACAGCGUUUUCAACGGCAAAAAAAACGUCAGUCAGAAAACAAUGAAGUUCAACAGUGGUCUCCUCGCCGGCGCUGCCGUCCUGGUUGCCGGUGUCGCCACGGCCCAGGACUGCAUCAGCGUCGCGCUGUCGGCCAUCCCGUCGUGCGCGCAGCCGUGCUUCCUCAACGGCGCCCCGACCAUUGGCUGCUCCGGCACCGACUUCAAGUGCCAGUGCCAGCAGCAGGCCAAGAUGUUUGCCGCCGUCGAGAGCUGCGUGCAAAAGAGCUGCCCAGAGUCUGAGUUCCAAAAGACCAUUGACGGAUCUGACAAGGUCUGCACGUGCGCUUCUGGAGGUCCCGCUUCAAACAACGCCGGGGGCGCCGGAAAUACCGUCAACCCGUCCAGCUUCAUCCCAGGCCCGACGUCGACUGCUUCUCCCACCACCACCGUCGCAGCCCCGACCGGAACACCGUCUGGCCGACCCUCGGCGGUGCCCACUGCCGCCGCAAACAUGGCCGCUGUGGAGUGCAGCAUCGUGGUUGGUGCCGUGGGUGGUGCGCUUUGGGUAGCCCUUGGGCUGUGAGCAUUGACGAGCCGAGGCGACUGUGGUUCUAGUUCUACAUCUCAACCAAAUCCAGAACAUAAAUCUUUUUCGAGCUGUACAUAUUUAGCACCCCAAGAUUAAUAAUUAGUCAAGACCCAACCUAAUUGAACGCAUUCCGAGACUG